AUGGCAGCAGCGAGGGAAUCUGGAAGAAUUAAAGAUGCUUAUCAGAAGAGAGUUCUUGAUGAUGCGGCGAGAAAGAGAAGACAGAAAAAAGCCCUGGAGGCAUUGGAACAGGACAAUUUUCAUGACGAUCCGCACGCGGAUUUAGUAAUGAGCAAGAAAGUGCCCAAGUUCCAAGAGUCUCUGGACGGCCGCGGCCCGAGGAAGAAGAAGACCCGUUCAGCCGAAUACUACAAACAACGUUUUCGAAAGAGCUUUGCCCAAUUAGUGGAGGAGGAUGCCAAUAAUAAUCCAGUACCGCCUAACUACUCGAGUGCUCAAGCAUUACCAUCUAAAUUUCCUGAGAGACAUUUCUGUGCUGUUUGUGGUUUUCCCAGUAAUUAUACAUGCAUACCCUGUGGCGCGAGAUAUUGCAGUGUCAGGUGUUUGGGAACACAUCUCGACACCAGAUGCCUCAAAUGGACUGCAUAAAAUUUCCUUGUUUUUCUGAUAAUUCUCAUGGAUCCGCGUAUUAUUAUGAUUAUUGAGAAAGAAAAUAAAUCGUUUCAAAUAUGUUGUUAUCAUUUUGAAAUUAACAAACGUUCUUCUCACUAAUCUGUAGAUAUUUUUCAUUAUAUUACAAAUUAGCAUUAAGUAGUUUUUCUUAUACACUGUAUCAAUGCGUGACAACUAAUAAUAAAAAAAGUAUUAUGAAUCUCA